CAAGAAUAAGUGAAUAACGAAAAAACAGAAUUUUCCGAAUAAAGCGCGCUUCUUUUCAUUCUUUUGUGGCUUCGAAUUCAAUUCAUUCUUACUUGCUCCGUUCUCUACUCUCUUAUUCACAUUCACAUUCACAUUCGAUUCCUUAUGUUUCUCACACCCAAACCCAACUAUCAUGCUUAGCUUCUUCUCUUUUCAACCAUCAGAGACACACACUUUGCGAUACGUAACCCUAAACGCCUUCACUUUUCACCGUUAUCUAUUUCCUCUUCUUUUUUUCAGCAGAGAUGAAAUUCGGGUGCUUGUUCACGGAGUAUCUGCAGGAAGAGAGGGAGUUGUUGGAUGAGAAAUGCGCGCACAUUGAAUAUGUGAGGUUGAAGAAAGUUCUCAAGAGCUGCCAGACCUGCAAACCAUUGCACUCUUCUUCUUCUUCUUCUUCUCCUUCCCUUGUUUCUGAUCUUCCUAACCAUCAAUUGUGCCAAUGUCAAUCCUGCCCAGUGUGUGAUCAGAAGUUCUUCUCGGAGCUGAUGAAGGAAGCAUCAGAUAUAGUAGGGUUCUUCGGUUCAAGGGUUAAGCAUCUUCUUGAUCUUCAUGUUGCGUCUGGAAUGCAGAGAUAUGUAUUGCGCCUACGACAGUGCUUUAAAAAUGAUAGGCAAGCCCUCGCACAAGAAGGGAGAAUUUUAAUUGAGUACAUUGCAAUGAAUGCUAUUGCCAUGAGGAAAAUACUUAAGAAAUAUGAUAAAGUUCACAGCUCUGUGAAUGGAAAGAAUUUCAAAUCUAAGAUGCACACUGAGCACAUUGAACUUUUACACACACCUUGGCUAAUUGAAUUGGGUGCUUUUUAUCUGAAUUCUAGUGGACGAGAUUGUUGUGAACUCAAUGGAGUGUAUGGUCACUUUAAGUGUGAUCUAAAUGUUAGUGACGCUGUAAUGACGUUGAUUCUUCCAGAUUCUAUCAAGCUCGAGUAUAAUCUAACUUGCGCAAUAUGUCUGGAUUUGGUUUUCAACCCCUAUGCUUUGGGUUGUGGUCAUAUCUUCUGCAAGUCAUGUGCCUGUUCAGCUGCCUCUGUGAUGAUGUUCCAAGGCCUUAAAGCUGCAAGUCCUGAGUCUAAGUGUCCCAUAUGCAGAGAGGAUGGAGUUUAUCCUAAGAAAGUACGCAUGUUAGAACUUGGUCUACUAAUGAAAAGAAGGUACAAUGAUUACUGGAAAGAGAGGCUACUUAGCGAACGAAACAACAUGGUGAAGCAAUCCAAAGAAUACUGGAAUAUGCAGUCUGCAUAUGCACUUGGAUUACACUAGGAUAUCAUGCAAUUGGAUUCCUUAGAUAGAAUUCUAAGGGAAUAGUAAAUGAUUCUGAGUUGGUCUUUCUGCUAGUGAGUUGGGAUUGAAUUAGUACUUAGGACCUUAGAAUAAACAAGAGAGUUUUGGAGAGUUGGUUGAUGAGUGGAAAUUAUUAGAUGUCCCAUGAAAUGCGACUUGAAUUGUGUUCAUAUGAGUAUAUCUAAUGAUAGAAUGACAUUUUAGGAUAUGAUCUCUUUCAUUUGAAAUGUCAUUCUAUCCAUAGUAGAGCACAAUCUAUGAGUAUGUAAAAACUUUCUGAAUUUAUUAGUCCAAUUUUUUAUUUUUAGUUAU